AUGACGGAAGCGCUUUCUUUAUCAGCGCUUGUCCAAAAAUGCACUUCCGUAGCCUCACUGAAGGCGGCGCGUCAGCUCCACGCUCUGAUUCUCACCUCCAUAGCCACCGCCUCGUCUCUAUCUCCUUACGUCUGCAACAACAUCUUAUCCAUGUACGCACGAUGUGGUGCAAUUUGGGAGUCACAGCAAGUGUUCGAGAAAAUGCCGCAAAGAAAUCUCGUUUCGUUUAACGCUCUAAUCGCAGCCUAUUCUCGGUCUCACGGUCAUGCUCCAUUGGCUUUCAACCUGCUUUCACAAAUGGAGCUUGAAUUCCUCAGACCCAAUAGUUUCACUAUAACGAGCUUAUUGCAGGCAGCUUCUUCCCUUGAAGAUCAAUUUUGGAGCUCUUUAAUUCAUACCCAAGUAGUGAAAUGUGGAUUUGUUCAUGACGUUCGUGUUCAAACCGCACUAAUUGGGACUUACUCAUAUUGCUUGGAUUUGGAAUCUGCUGGAAAAGUUUUCCAGUGUACGAUCGAUAAGGAUGUAGUGACUUGGAAUACCAUGAUCUUUGGAAAUUUGAAGCACGAUAAAUUAAACGAGGCGCUUCGUUUGUUCAAUGAAAUGCUGGGGAUUGGUCUAAUUCCUACUCAAUUCACCUAUGCAAUGAUUUUGAAUAUAUGUUGUAGAAAUGCAGACCACCUGUUUGGUCGGCUCAUCCAUGGCCGUAUCAUCACCUCAAACGCCAUUAUUGAUAGAACUCUGCAAAAUGUUCUGUUGGAUUUAUACUGCAAUUGUGGGGAUAUCCAUACAGCAUUUUGCAUUUUUAACAGCAAUGAAAACCCAGAUUUGGUUGCUUGGAACACAAUCAUCUCAGGAUGUUCUGAGAAUGAAGAAGGUGAGAAGGCUAUGAAGCUAUUUCAACAAUUGAAGAAAUCAUCACUUACCAAACCAGAUGAUUAUACAUAUGCAGCUGUAAUUUCCACCAUUGACAACCUUUUGAGUGGAAUGUCUUUUAUUGCUCAGGUUAUAAAGGAUGGAUUUGAGGGCAGUGUCUUUAUAAGCAGUGUCAUUGUAUCCAUGUUAUUUAGAAAUGGUGAAUCUCAAGCUGCUGCGAGGGUUUUUGUGACUGUUGCAGAGAAGGAUGUUGUUCUAUGGACAGAAAUGAUCAGUGGGUAUUCAAGAAUUGGUGAAGGGGAAAAAGCAAUCAAAUGCUUUCAUCAAAUGCGUCAAAAUGGCCAUGAACUUGACAGUUUUUCACUAAGUUUGGUUUUGAGUUCAUGUGCUGAUCUUGCCACUCUAAAACAAGGGGAGAUUUUUCAUUCUCUAGCAUUAAAAACAGGGUGUGAAGCAGAAAUCUAUGUCUUAGGGAGUCUAAUCAACAUGUAUGCUAAAAAUGGUGAUUUGGGUUCUGCUCAAUUGAUAUUUUCUCAAGUCCCAUGUCCAGAUUUGAAAUGUUGGAACUCCAUGCUUGGUGGGUACAGCCACCAUGGGAAUAUGGAACAAGCACUGAACCUCUUCUUCAACCUUCGAAACAAUGGUGUCAAACCAGAUCAAGUAACAUUUCUUUCCUUACUUUCUGCUUGUAAUCACAGUAACUCAGUUGAAAUAGGGCAGUUUUUAUGGAACUAUAUGAAAGAAUGCAACAUCAUACCAAAUUCUAAGCACUAUUCUUGCAUGGUAAGCUUGUUAAGUGGAGCUGGGUUCAUAGACGAAGCAGAGGAAAUGAUUACCAAAUCACCAUUUGCAAAUAAUGAUCCAGAGCUAUGGAGAACUCUCCUAAGUUCAUGUGUUGUUAAAAAAAACCUUAGAGUAGGAGUUAAUGCAGCAAAACAAGUGUUGAGAAUAGAUCCAGAAGACAGCGCAGCACAUAUAUUGCUAUCAAAUCUUUAUGCUGCAGCAGGAAAAUGGGAUGGUGUUAUUGAGAUGAGGAGAAGAAUAAGAGAGAAACUGGUGGGAAAGGAUCCUGGUGUAAGUUGGAUUGAAGCCAAAACAAAGAUCCAAUCAUUUUCUUCUGGUUUGCAGUCUCAUCCAGAGGUUGAUGAAGCACUAACUACACUGCUUAAGCUGAGAGGAAAUAUGAUUGAAGAAAUGGAUGAAUCAAGUGGGAUUUGAGGUAAAUAUUAAUCAAGGGCAUUUCAAAGAUUGAGUUUUAUUCAGAUUGAUGUUAGGAAUUAGGGUUCAUAUAAUGGCUGAAAUACAAUUUUGGGCACAUGUAAUUAAAAAUUGACACUAGUUUUUUUCAAAUUAGUUGAUAUAAGAGUUACAUGGUGAGAGAUCUUUGGGUUGAUGAUA